CGCUCUUACCGGUCUAUCUUCAGAGGUGCUUGUUUACAAACUACCAAUGUCAUUGUUUACAUAGCGGCAAGGGAGUGCAACGCUCAGCUGAUUAACUCCUGGAGUUUGUGCAAGAGUACUGCGCGAACAAUGUCCACAAAUUUAAAAGUCCUAAUACAGGACCUAUUCCGUUCUUAUCGAAAUUGGGUUUGCGUAAAUCCUAAACAAGCGAGUGACGUUGAAGCUUUUGCGAAAUAUGUGUCAUAUUUCAUUGCAGGGCGCAUCAACGACUCGACCAUCCCGUCCGAGCUGGUGUACUCGCUGUCCAACCUGCUGGUGUUCUUCAACGACCGCAUGAUCCAGAAGGCGCGCCGCGAGGCCCCGGGGAGCGUCGACCGGCUCAAGACGUGGCUGACCGUGGUGGAGUACGUGGAGGUGUUUGUCGAGAUAACGACCCGCAGGCUGUUCGGGGAGAAGGGCCGCUGGAUUGUCAUCGUCUGCCUGCAGCUCCUCAAGUGCGUGGGCCGGCUGGCGCUGGUGUUCCAACACGGCGAGCUGGUGACGCAGACGCCCGCCAUCCCGCCCCUCAUGCGGGACGGGGCCCCCGACGUCUCGGAGCUGGACGAGAAGCUGCAGGUCCAGUCGGCGGCCUUCACGCUCAGGAGGAGCGGUCGCGUCAUCCGCAGGGUCGAGAUGGCUCCUCCAAUUCGUUCACGUGCCUGGAAACCAUUAAGGCUACCUGCCGCCUGCAGGGAGAGUAAAACAGUAAUGGACGAAGAAACAUCGUUCCGGAGCAUAGCAGAGUGCCUGUACAUCAUCAAGCCAAUUGCGCACCUAUGCUUAAUGUCCGUUCAUGGCCAGAAAUCGUGGAAGCCAUGGCUUAUGUCCCUCGUCAUGGACAUUGUCAGCCUCCACACGCACCGCAAGCGCACCCGGUCGUCCCUGUCCCGGCGGCAGCAGCUGGAGCUGUCGCGCCGGCUGGUGGCGCUCGUCCUGUACGCACUGCGCUCCCCCUUCUACGAGGCCCACACGGAGCAGCGCCUGGUGCGCGCGCUGAACUGCCUCGGCCGGAGCGUGCCGCUGGUGGGGGCGCUGGUGGGCCCGCUCGCCCACUACCUGCCCCUGUGGCAGGACACCUACUUCUACAUCUGGUCCACCUGAUGUCCGGACCAGCAACUGUAUGUGGUUGUGUUUUGUCCUGUGAAGUUUUGUUACUGUUGUAUGUGAAGUACAACUUUCUAAUAAAAAUGUGACUUUUAAA